AACCCCCAUUCUCCUUUUCAAAGACUACAUAUGAUGGAUUGCGAUCUUUCAGCUCAGCAGGACACAGGGACCAUGCAAGCUGUAAUUGGUCAGGUAUGGAGUCAGCCAUUUCUCAACUCCCCUUUUAUUUUUUUUUUUUUCCACAAGGGUCUAACCAUAUGAUUCACAUAAUUCAUAUUUACAGUACCAUCUUUCUAUCUGUAUCUUCAGCUACCAGCGAGUGUAGCACUGAAAGUGAGAAAGGCAAAAGAACCACAAUAAUCUGGCCAGGGAAUCACUAGUUAAACCUAAAAUACCAUGGUUUUCUUCUAAUAAACCCGGUUUAUAAUUUAGUCAGAGCUUUGCCACAUCAAUCUAUAUAUUAAUUUGCCGUUGUAUUUUGUUUAAAUGUGCUGAAGUAGAAGAACUGAGGAGUGAAAGUGUUAUGUUUGCUGGGGAGUUGCUUUCUAUUUCUAAUGCUGUUCAUUAUUUGUAUAUUGACUGUAUUCCUGUACUACAGGCUGUGGAUUUUUUUUUUUUCUUUUUUCUUCUUUUACUCCUAACCCAGAUAAUGUGUGAUUGAGCUUGGUAAAUGUAGUAGUCUUUGCUGCUGCAGAGGGGCAGCCUGCAAAUUAAACACUGCCACAAUCUGAAAGGUCCAGGUGGUCUGCUCGUGCUUCCUAAUGCAAUCCAGCACAACAGCUUUAAUAAACAGCUCUAUUUAGUUCUCCCUCCCUGUAUCCAGGGAAGUGAACUGGUCUGGGGCUGCUGUGAUGAAAUGCCAGAAGAAUAUCUCUCUAAGGCCUCACAAGCUGAUUUUUAGAGCUUUUCUGUUUUGUCGUCUUUGUCUUCCAAAUGGGAUCCAAUGAUAGCUGGACAAGUCAGUAAGCCCUUGCUGUCACUGCGGAGUGAAAUGAAUGCAGAGUUGAGAGGUGAGGACAAGGCAGCUACUUCAGACAACGAGCUGAAUGAGCCCCUGCUUGUGCCUGUGGAAUCAAAUGACAGCGAGGACACUCCCAGCAAGCUCUUCGAGGCCAGAGGAAACACAGUGCUGCCUGACACGAGUCCAGCAGACCAGCACCAACCCGGUCAGUCCCAUCCCGCAUUCCCUGUUGGGCCUCAGCCAUUACUGACAGCCCAACAGUUAGCCUCAGCAGUAGCGGGGGUGAUGCCAGGAGGCACUCCAGCCCUGAAUCAGCCAAUCCUUAUUCCUUUCAACAUGGCUGGGCAGCUGGGGGGCCAACAAGGACUCGUCCUAACUCUACCUACAGCAAAUCUCACCAACAUCCAAGGGCUGGUAGCAGCAGCUGCAGCAGGAGGCAUCAUGACUUUGCCAUUGCAAAAUCUACAAGCUACCUCAUCCCUGAACUCCCAGCUUCAACAGCUUCAGCAUCUUCAGCAGCUCCAGCAUCAACAGCAGCAGCAACAAGGUCAGCAGCAGCAACAGCAGCAGCAGCAAAGCCAGCAGCAGCAGCAAGGUCAGCAGGCACAGACUCCACAGCCACCCCAGCAGCCACAGCCGUCAGCACCACCACAGCAGAACCAAACACAGGCCCAGAGCCAGAGCCAACCGCCUCCAGCCCCACAGUCCUCCAGCUCCCCCCAGAAACCUAGCCAGUCACCAGGGCAUGGCCUUCCAUCUCCUCUUACUUCACCAAAUCCAUUGCAGCUGGUUAAUAAUCCACUAGCCAGUCAAGCAGCAGCGGCUGCAGCAGCAGCAGCCAUGGGCUCAAUAGCAAGCUCCCAGGCCUUUGGCAAUGCCCUCUCCAGUCUUCAGGGGGUCACAGGUCAACUCGUCACUAAUGCACAAGGACAGAUUAUUGGAACAAUCCCACUGAUGCCUAAUCCAGUCCCCUCCAGCCAGGCGGCAGGUGGAGCUCAGGGACUUCAGGUGCAGCCGAUAACUCCACAGUUGUUGACCAACGCCCAGGGUCAGAUCAUUGCUACCGUCAUCGGCAACCAGAUACUCCCAGUGAUCAAUACCCAGGGAAUAACACUAUCACCGCUCAAGCCAGGCCAGCAGCUCCAUCAGCCCUCCCAGACGCAAGUGGGACAAGCAGCCUCACAAUCCAAUCUCCUGCAUUUGGCUCACAGUCAAGCAUCUAUGUCUCAAAGCCCAGUGCGUCAGGCUUCCUCUUCUUCCUCCUCAUCCUCCUCCUCUUCAGCUUUGAGUGUUGGCCAGUUAGUCAGCAAUCCUCAAACAGCCACUGGAGAGGUGGAUGGGGUGAAUCUGGAAGAAAUCCGAGAAUUUGCCAAAGCUUUUAAAAUCCGGCGCCUGUCCCUUGGCCUGACACAGACUCAAGUUGGCCAAGCCCUAAGCGCCACCGAAGGCCCAGCCUAUAGCCAGUCUGCCAUCUGCAGACACACCAUCCUGAGAAGCCACUUUUUCCUACCACAGGAAGCCCAAGAGAACACUAUAGCUAGCAGUCUGACAGCCAAACUGAACCCUGGCCUUUUGUAUCCUGCCAGGUUUGAAAAGCUGGACAUCACCCCUAAAAGUGCCCAGAAGAUAAAGCCGGUGCUUGAGCGGUGGAUGGCUGAGGCUGAGGCCCGCCAUCGAGCAGGUAUGCAGAACCUUACCGAGUUUAUUGGAAGCGAACCAUCUAAAAAGCGCAAGAGGCGUACCUCAUUCACGCCACAAGCCCUUGAAAUCUUGAAUGCCCACUUUGAGAAGAACACGCACCCCUCUGGGCAAGAAAUGACAGAGAUUGCAGAGAAACUGAACUAUGACCGGGAAGUAGUUAGAGUUUGGUUCUGCAAUAAGAGGCAAGCACUGAAGAACACAAUUAAACGUUUGAAACAACACGAGCCUGCGACGGCAGUUCCUAUGGAGCCCUUAACAGACUCUCUGGAAGAAAACUCCUAAAAACAAAACAAAACAAAACCACACACAAAAAAACCCGCACCAACAGAAACGUAACCAUUUGAACUCUGUGAAAAUACCUGUUCAUCACCCUUGUAAGUAAAAGACUGAGAAAACUACAAGAAGGACAGAACAGUUUAUAAAUGUCCGUGGGUUUUCCUAUUUAAAAAACAAAACAAAAAAAUACACAACACUUAGUGUGUGUGUGUGUCGUAGAAUUAGUUCCCCAAAAAAAGAAAAAGCCAGUUUUUUAAAAUGGACUUAAA